AUGAGAAUCCUGAAAAAUAAUCUAUUUGUUUCCCUUUUCCUGCUCGUUUCGUCACGAUUAGUCAGUGGUGAUGACUAUAUCGUGGGAACGCCUAAACCAAAAGCUCCCAGCUCACCACAAGUACGAGAAUAUAACUUUGAUGUGAAGAAAGUCACUCUUGCUCCGGACGGUUUCAGCCGAAGAAUAUGGACUGUUAAUGGCCAAUUUCCAGGUCCACCUAUUGUCGCCUUCAAAAAUGAUCAAGUAAAAGUGAAAGUCACUAAUAAUCUGGGUGAUCAAGAGACUUCAAUUCAUUGGCACGGCAUAAAACAAGUAGGAACUCCAUGGUAUGAUGGUUCGGUCGGUGUGACUGGAUGUGCUAUUCCAAAUGGAAAGUCAUUAACUUAUGACUUUAAGACACCCGAUCCAGGAACUUAUUGGUGGCACUCUCAUUAUAUUGCACAAUACGUCGAUGGGAUCGCUGGAUCAUUUAUCGUUCAUGAUCCAGCUGACCCAUAUUUAUCAUUAUACGACGAAGAAUUCACGGUGCUCUUGACCGACUAUCACCACGAUGAAGUAUCAACUAAUCUUGGAAUUCUACAGUUGCCGUUUGAUGCUGGUUUCAGAGAGCCCAGUCCAGACAAUGGUUUGAUCAACGGUCGAAACAAUUAUAAUUGUACCAAAGCUCCUGCUGGAUCGAAAUGUACUGCUAAUGCGGGUUAUGCUAAAUUCAAAUUCCAACGAGGAAAGCGAUAUCGUCUUCGUUUAAUCAAUACCAGUGCUCAAGCGUUGAUUUUCUUCUCAAUCGAUAAUCACGAUCUAAAUAUCAUUGAAACCGAUGGUUUUGACAUCAAAUUCCAGCAAGCUCACAGAGUUCCAGUUCACGCCGGCCAACGUGUCUCCGUAGUUGUCAUUGCAAAUCAAGCAGCCGAUAAUUUCUGGAUGCGAGGAGAAAUCGACGUUCAAUGCUAUUUCCAACCACCCGUUAAUCUAGAUCCGAAAUUCAAUGCGAUUGUUCACUAUGAAGGUGCCAAAGAGAAUGUCGAUCCAACAACUAAACCAUGGACUGACGCUCUCGAACAUUGCAUCGACUUGAAUCCUAAUACUCUUAAACCACUUAACCCCGAACUUAUACCAUCCCCAGUUGGAACCUCUUUGUCAUUAUUCCUCGAUGUUCAUCCAGAUGAGCAAAAAAGAGUUCGCUUCUUUAUCAAUAAUUCAAGCUUUGUCCAUGACGAGAAUAAUCCUAUCAUCAAUAAAGUCUAUAAUAAUUACAAUCUUUCGGCUAUUAAUCCCAAUCAAAAUCUUUAUACAUUCAAUAAACUUGGCGAAGUCAUACAAGUUGUGAUUCAAAGAGAUCAUCCUUUCCAUUUGCAUGGACAUAAUUUCUGGGUAUUAGGAGUUGGCCAAAACGAGACAUAUCAACAAGGAGUUUCAACUCUAAACACAGUAACUGCCAUUAAACGUGACACCGCUGUUGUCCCUUCGGCAGGUUGGUUGGUUAUUCGCUUUGUUGCCGAUAAUCCAGGAGUAUGGAUGUUUCAUUGUCAUAUCGAAUGGCAUUUCCAACUAGGAAUGUCUGUACAAUUCCUUGAAAUUCCCGAUAAGUUGAAAACGCUUUCGCAACCACCUGAAGCUCGUAGUCUAUGCCCUUGA